AUGUUUUCAUUAAGUCAAUAUCAUUUUAUUGAUCGUCUUCUAACAUUCGAUGAUUUAUCAAAAAAAUCCCAAUGUAAAAAUAUAAAGUUCAAACGCGCUUUUGAAUUUCUUCAAUUACUUUUUCUUCAACGUGUUUAUGGUAUUGAUAUUAUAACUCGCUCAUCAAUCCGACAAUUAUCCAAGCAACAACAACAAAGUGAAUUUGAAGUUUUUUUAGGUGGAUCAUGCAAUCCAACAACAUGGAGAUGUGAACAAGCUAUUCCUUAUUUUCAAACACAUUCAGUUUCUUAUUAUAAUCCUCAAGUUGCAAAUUGGACACCUGAUUUAGUUGAAAUUGAACAUAAUGCAAAAGAAUCUGCUUCACUUUUAUUUUUUGUUAUUGAUCAUGAUACACGAUCAUUAGCAGCCAUAGCUGAGGUAUGUUACUUAGUAGCACGAAAAAGAACUAUCAUUGUCAUUAUGAAUCCAAUGCCAAACGACAAAUAUCAAACAAAAUUUAUUCAGCAGAAGAAAAAUUUUAAUGAAAAAGAUAAUCAAGCUGAUUAUGAAAAUGUUUGUGAAGCAAGAGAAACGUUACGGUUAUUACUUCAAAUAAAAAAUAUACCAGUUUUCGAUAAUCUCAAAGUAGGAUUAGAAUGUGCACAAUUUUUAAUUACAAGUAGAAAACAAGCUAUCAACAAUUGUAAGCAUUUUGAUGAAGAAAAACAUUGCAAAAACAAUGAAAAACUUGCUCGUUCACAUUCAAAUCAAACCAGUUUUGAAUCGCCUGAUAAUUUUUACCAUGAUAUACAUCAAUCAGAUAUGAUUGAGUCAUCUUUAGUUCCGUUUUAUCGACGGCAUAGUGCCACAUCAAUAUCAAAGACAAUUUUAUGUUCGCCAUCCCUGAGUCCAUUUGCUCGUUCAAUUCAUUUAACAACUGGUAUUCAUGAUUAUCAAUCAUCACUUUAUAGAAAAUCACAAAUAUCAUGUUCAACAAAUGAAAGUGAUGAUGACGGUUAUGGUUCACUAGUAUCCAGUAAUUAUACUUUAUCUCGGUCACCAUCAUCAUGUGUAACUUCGGAUUUCUAUGAAGGUUUCACUGAAUAUCCAAGUGAAAAUAAUUCUUCAAAAUUUUCGCUAUCUACUUCUUUGCUGAAUAUUAUAAUAUCAAUAUUUUCUGCAUAUAUUUCAUUUUUGAAUUUUCCAACAACGUCAAAUUUAUUAAUAACACAAUCGAUUUCGAUUCUCUGUAGAAUUUCUUUUCGUUCUAUAGCGAAUAUUCUUUUUUCUUCCAUUGAAAACCUAAUAACGUCAAACAAAGAGUCCAUUCAUUUGAAUUCUUCGAUUGAUAUAUUCGAUCUUUAUAUAGCUUCCGGUGGCCAUGAUGAAUAUUGGUUAGAUACGUGUCUAUUACCAAUUCUUGCAAAACUGAAUGUGAAAUAUGUAAAAAGGCACAGCUCUCAUGACAAUGAUCAACUUGAUCUUGUCUAUGAUAUCUAUGUACGUUCGCGCUCACGUUUAUUAUAUUAUUUAAUAAAUGAUAUGGAACGUCUUUCAAAUCUUGUUAGUGAACUUGCAUAUCUUAUUGGCGAACGUAAACAUCAUAUUAUUGUCUAUUUACAAUCAACCAUUGAUCGAAAUUCAGAUAAAAUCUUAACAAAAACUGAACGACAAGAUAUUGAACGUUCAAGAAAAUAUCUUGAAGAUUUAGCAAUUAAGGAACAUAUUUUAUUAUGUCAAUCACGUGAACAAAGUUGCCACCAUGUUUUAGCUUUUUUCCUUCAUAAUUAA